AUGGGUUUCACUACAGAAUCCAAGACUUCUAUCUCGGGUCCGGCACCCGUAAAUGGCAGCACGCUCCAUCCAGUCACCUCAAGCCAGUCCAAAGCAGCGGAAGCUGGCGGAGUUCAUCAGAGUCAGACCAUCAUGGCGACCAUAGCAGACGACGACGAUCGUCUACUUGUCUUUCAUGAAGAGCGUUGUGACUAUGACCAACAUCUUGGCAGGUUUUACAUCGACACUUUUCACGAUGGUCCACCGUUUCCUACGCUAUAUCGAUUCUUGGUACGAUACGCAACAUCGAGGGUUUACACCGUGCGGGUGCUCAUUAAGCUUUCAGUGGCCGAACUAGUUUCCGCAUAUCCUACAGCUGGAGGCAUGUACUACGUCACAAAACAUGUUGUUCCGCCUGAACACGUUGCGGCUUGGGCUUGGAUCAUCGGAUGGUGCAACUUUCUCGGUCAAGCAGCAGGAGUUGCCAGUUUGGCAUACACCAUCUCCCAGAUGAUUCUGGCAACAGUUGUCAUGCAUACUCUGGAAGAUGGCGUAUCUGCUUUUCAACCACAAGCAUAUCAAACGGUUCUUCUCGCUAUCUUUGUUCUCUGCCUAUUCGGCACAAUCUGCUCUUUUCCCACGAACUGGCUACACCGCAUCAUUCUAUGGUUCGCACCCAUCAACAUCAUUGCGUCAAUCUGCAUUUGUAUCGCCCUGCUCAUUCUUACGCCGAACAAACAAAGCCCUCAAUGGGUCUUCACGACAGUCAUGGACGGCUCCGGUUGGGGGAGCAAAGGAUUUUCGUUUCUACUAGGGUCAGCCAUUCUGAGCGGUAUUCACACGCUUCGCAAAUGCUAA